GGCGUGUGUUGGUGGUUAUUAGUUGGAGCUAUCACAUUCCAAAUUGCCUGCUUGAAUUCACAUCUCCAAGAGCUCCGAUACUCUUUUAGUCAUGGGCAACACCACAUCUACUUCACGUUUCGACGACUCCUGCUGGGAUUUCACCGCCUCCGACUUGCUGUUCGAUCAGAUGGAGAAGCAGGUGUACGUUGUCACCACACCCACCUGGAUGGAGACCGUCGCACGCUACUUGGCGCUUAUGCUAUCCACGAUAGCAGCACUGCUAAUGGGGAGCUUCACUGGAUCGCCAGACCACCCAAAGCGAGCUCCAAUACUCGUUGAUGCUGCGUGUCAGACUGAAGACGAAUAUUUCUUCACAGAGUUGACUGUGAACCGCGACUGGCAGUCUUACCAGGUUGACUGCAAGGAGGUUACUGACGACGACGACAAGCACUCCUGCACUUCCGAGGAGACAGAGCUGUUCACCGAUGCUGAAAGCGAAGAUGAACGAAACUUCAGUGAUGACGAUUCUGAUUGGGAACACGAGAACUCAGCAGCUGAGGACAUGCUGCAUGCUAUCUGCGACGCAUGCGAAAGCUGUACUGACUGCGACUGCGAGAUCCAGGCUGAUCAACUAUUGCAUCUGACUGCUAUCGUGUGCAACGACACCAACGACCGCAGUCCAAUUUACCUGGAAGAUUAUCUCUGUACUUGCGGCGAGUGCCCACAGUACAAGGAGAUAGCUCAUGAUGUGGUGAUGGAAGGAAAAGCAUCUCAACAACAAACUCGAAGUAUCACGCGUCUUCUGCAGGCCUUCUCCACUUACAGCGAAGUCAUUGGAUAUCGCAUCGACAUGAUCCCUGCUGCGCGUGAGUGUCUACAGAUCUGGUGUGGAGACGAAGAUAAGGCGUUUAAGUCAUUUGUCACGUUGUACGAUGAAUUGCCACGCCUCUGUGACCCAGCAUGCAGCAGUUGAACCAACUUCAACCCUCAAGAUACGAGCUUGUAGCGCUUUCCCUCAUUACGGAAGAUGCCACGUGCCGACGUUCUCGCUGACUGCCUCUUUGCUCCAGUGCUGCCCUCAUGACGGCUUCACAUUGUUCAAAUGCAGUUAGAGAAUGUUGGCUGCUCGUGCGUAGGUCGAGAGUUGGAGACUAUUGCUGCUAACUCAUUUGUGCUUCCCUCAUUUCGGAAGUGCAUUGGGUUGAUGGGACAGAGAUCUCGUGCUCGAAUGAUACCUUCAUUUCGGUGAAACUCAGUACGUGCCGUAGCAGUUCGAAGGAGCGAGACAAAGAACAUGUGUAGUGUUGUUGUUAGUAUUUAUUCAAACAAGUGGUAUUGCUUAGCUUACUACGUCCUCUAGAAGGGAAGAAAAUUUACACUAGCUGACUCUUUUAAAGCCUAGCUGCAUUCCAUCUUUCCACUGGAUGGUUGAUAGAAAUCGUCGUGGU